AUGGUUAAGGCUCAGGUUGUUGACAAGCCGCCGAAGCGGUUUCGGGGCAUCAAAUUCGGCAUACAGUCGAAUCAAGAUAUUGCCAAUCAGGCUGUGUUGGAGGUUUCCGAUCGCUUACUCUAUGACAUUGAGAAUAACCGCUCUGCGUAUCGGCAUGGUCCUUUAGACUCACGACUUGGUACCUCGAGCAAAACGGGAAAAUGCGCAACCUGCCUAGAGUCGCUCAAAAACUGUACCGGCCACUUCGGCCAUGUACGCCUUCCCCUUCCGGCGUUCCAUGUCGGCUACCUCCGAUUCAUCAUGUCUAUUCUCCAGGAGAUCUGCAAGGAUUGCGGACGAGUCCUCCUCGAAGAACCCGAUCGUCGCUCAUAUCUCAAAGAAUUGAGGCGCCCCUUUCUCGAUAACCUUCGACGAACACAGAUAUGCAAGAGGAUCAAUGAGCAAUGCCGCAAAGUUAGGACCUGCCCGUACUGCGGCUGCCUCAAUGGCCAGAUCCGUAAACUCGGUGUUCUAAAACUUGUCCAUGACAAGUUUGUCUUCUUCAACAAAUCUACAUCGGCCAAGAAGGUUGCCCCCGCGAGCAAAGUCAAGUUCGAUAACUCUUUCAAUUCCGCCAAAGCCGACAAUCCAGAAAUCGGACGGUACCUUCCAAAGGCGAUGGAGGAUCUGAACCCACUGAGGGUUCUCAAUCUCUUCAAGAUGAUUAGUCCUACUGACUGCGAACUUCUUGGGAUCAACCCCGCCGAAGGUCGUCCUGAAAUGUUCAUCUGGCAAUUCUUGCCCGCCCCUCCUGUGUGUAUCCGACCCUCAGUGGUUCAGGACAAUGCGAGUAACGAGGAUGAUAUCACCACUAAGCUGGCCGAUAUUGUUUGGGUCAGCGGCAUGAUUCGUUCUGCACUGCAGAAGGGCUCUCCUAUUCAAACGAUCAUGGAGCAAUGGGAGUAUCUGCAGACCCAAAUCGCUUUGUACGUGAACAGCGAUGUCCCAGGUCUCCAGCAACCUGGUUUUGGAAAAACGACACGAGGUUUCUGUCAGCGACUGAAGGGAAAGCAAGGACGCUUUCGUGGUAAUCUGUCAGGAAAACGUGUGGACUUUUCUGGGCGAACUGUCAUUUCUCCCGACCCCAACCUUAGCAUUGAUCAAGUGGCCGUUCCCAUUCUCGUGGCAAAGAACUUAACAUAUCCCGAAAAGGUCCAACGACACAAUAUUGAGAAGCUUCGCCAGUGUGUCAGGAAUGGCCCUUCCGUGUGGCCAGGUGCCUCUAGCAUCAUCCGUGGAGAGGGUGGGUUCAAAGAAAAUCUAAAGUUUGGUGAUCGGGAAGAACACGCUCAGAAUCUGCGCUACGGUGACACCGUCAAUCGGCAUCUUGAAGACAACGAUGUCGUUCUUUUCAACCGUCAGCCAUCAUUGCACAAGCUCAGUAUCAUGGCGCAUUUGGUCAAGGUUCGGCCUUGGAGAACGUUCCGUCUCAAUGAGUGUGUGUGUGGUCCCUAUAAUGCAGAUUUUGAUGGAGAUGAAAUGAAUCUUCACGUUCCUCAGACAGAAGAAGCUCGUGCCGAAGCUUUGAGCUUGAUGGGCAUCAAGUACAACCUCGCGACACCCAAAAACGGAGAACCGGUGAUUGCGGCAACUCAGGAUUUCAUCACCGCGGCGUUCCUGCUUAGCCAAAAGGAUCGCUUUUUCAACCGAAAGGUUUUCACCUACCUGUGUAUGCACAUGGUAGAUGGCGAUACCCACAUCGACCUGCCUCCACCAGCAAUCAUUGCACCUGAGGCUCUUUGGACAGGAAAGCAGUUGUUCAGUGUACUGAUUCGUCCCAACAAGAAGUCCCCCGUUCUUGUCAAUCUUGAGGCGGGUUGCAAGAAUUUCAAGCCCAAGGCCGGGGAGACUUCUGAUAUGAACCCUGAAGACAGAUACCUUGUUAUCCGCAAUUCUGAAGUCCUGUGCGGCCGAAUGGAUAAGAAUACAGUCGGCUCGGGAAAGAAGGAUUCCAUUUUCUACGUGAUUUUGCGUGACUUUGGCCCCGACUACGCGAUUGCUGCUAUGACACGUUUAGCUAAGCUCUCAGCUCGUGCGCUCACGAACUGUGGCUUUUCUAUCGGUGUCGGUGAUGUGUUCCCGACAGAGAGCCUCACCCUGGAGAAGGAAAAGAUGGUCUCCACUGCUUAUAGUAUUUGCGAUGACCUGAUCGAAAAAUUCAAGGCCGGAAAACUUGAAAAGGCACCUGGAUGUAAUAUUGAGCAGACUUUGGAAAACUCCAUCUCAGGUGCUCUGAACAAGGUUCGACAGCAAGCCGGUUCUUACUGUGUGCAGAAUCUCAGCCGAAACAACGCACCCUUGAUCAUGGCGAACUGUGGCUCCAAGGGUUCUGAAAUCAACGUUGCCCAAAUGAUUGCACUCGUCGGGCAGCAAAUUAUUGGUGGGCAGCGUGUGCCGGAAGGUUUCCAAGACCGCAGUCUUCCUCAUUUCCACAAGAACGCCCGUCAGCCUCAGUCAAAGGGUUUCGUGAAGAACAGUUUCUACACUGGCCUUCAUCCAACCGAGUUUAUUUUCCACGCCAUGUCUGGCCGUGAAGGUCUUGUUGAUACUGCUGUCAAAACUGCCGAGACAGGUUACAUGUCGCGAAGAUUGAUGAAGUCUUUAGAAGAUCUCUCUACUCGAUACGAUGACACUGUUCGAACAUCUGGUGGUGGUAUCGUCCAAUUCCAAUUCGGCGCAGACAAGCUUGAUCCUGUGGACAUGGAGCGUUCCGCUGACCCCGUGCACUUCCAGCGUACAUGGUCUCACGCCGAAGCUCUCACGUGGGAUAACAGCGAGCCCUCGAUGACUCCAGACGAAAUCAGAGCGUUCCGUGACUCUAUGCUGGCCAACGAGCGAAAGCGACUGGUCAGACGUGGCUUGCUCCAUAACGAAAUCUUGGAUUAUGAUGAUGUCAGUGACUACGGUAUCGACGAGCACGAAGGUGCCAGGAAGUUCCUCAAGACGAUCCAUGCCGAGAUCGAAGGAAUGGCGAGCAAGCUGGAACGCGUGCGAAAAUUGGCUGGUUUCGAGGGUGAUGUUAUGGUGAAGCCUACUGCGGCAGACCACGCAGAUCGCACAGCUAAAGUAUCAGCCUCUGCUCUGCGAAUGUUCAUCAAGCUUUGCCUGGAAAAGUACAAGAAGGCUCAUGUCGAGCCAGGUCAUGCAGUUGGAGCCGUUGGAGCCCACUCCAUUGGUGAGCCCGGUACCCAGAUGACCUUGAAAACUUUCCAUUUUGCUGGUGUUGCUGGUAUGAGUAUCACGGCCGGUGUGCCCCGUAUCAAGGAAAUCAUCAACGCUUCGAAGCUCAUCAGCACCCCCAUUAUCUCAUGCCCCUUGUUGAAUAACAAGCAGAUCGAGGCGGCACGAGUGGUGAAGGGAAGGAUUGAAAAGACGUACAUAUCCGAUGUAUUGCAGUUUGUGGAGGAUGAGUGGCGCAUCGACGAGAGUAACAUUAUCCUCCAAAUCGAUGCGCAGGCUCUGUCGGAGAUGCACCUAGGCAUUACUGUUAACGACAUCGCCGAGGCCAUCUGCAAACAGCGAAAACUCAAAGUCGAACGCGACGACUUGUCAAUCGACGGCUACCGAGUUAUCGUGAGGGUCAGACUCUCCGAUAACAAGAAGACGACCAGAGUCAAACCUGAUGGUCUGGAUGGUAGCGAUAUCCUCUUGCGGGCCAACCUCCUCCGUCGCGCUUUGCCAACUGUACCCAUCUCCGGAUACGCCGAGGCAACCCGUGCCAUUAUUGAAACAUCCGAAGAAGGUACGCACAAGGUCCUGGUUGAAGGAUACGGACUCAAGGCCUGCAUGGCCACAGAGGGUGUCGUCGGGUCCCAGACCCGAAGCAACAGCGUGUUGGAAUGCCGUGACGUGUUGGGCAUCGAAGCCGCACGAUCGUCCAUCGCCCACGAAAUCAACGUGGUCAUGGGUGACAUGGACAUCGACCCCCGUCACAUGCAGCUCCUGGCCGAUGUCAUGACCUACAAGGGCGAAGUCCUCGGCAUCACCCGUUUCGGUCUCUCCAAGAUGCGAGACAGCGUCCUGCAGCUCGCGUCCUUCGAGAAGACGCCCGACCAUCUCUUCGAGGCGGCUGCCGGCAUGAAGACUGACAACAUCGAGGGUGUGAGUGAGUGUAUCAUCAUGGGCCAGAGCAUGACCAUUGGUACCGGGGCUUUCCAGGUCGUCAGGCGGCUCGGCAUCCAGCCCACUGAUUUGGUGAAGAAGCCUACUACAUUUGAGGAUGCUUGGUCGUCAGAGGUGUCCUUGAAGCGCAAGGCAAGGAGGAGGGCUUAG